UUAGCCGGUAGUCUUUCUCAACCUCGACAUACGCUGCAUGAUCUGAACCCACGACAAAACAUGGCAAACGAACCCGAUCGUGGCCUCUCUGGCUGGGGCAUCUUCUUCCUCGUAGCUUUUGUCUUCAUCGUCAUAGGCGGAUGCGCAUGGAUAAUAUCCAUGAGCUGUGUCUAUCACGAGCAACUUGUCCUAACUCGUCAUGCUACGAUAGAUNUCACACAAUACCGCGCCCGACGAUUGGGCCUACCCGCUCCUUCGCUCAACCCCUUCACACGUGGCCGACGACAACAAAACUCAUAUCAGGCUCCCUCAGCAGCAUCAGGAGGUGUCGUUGGCUGGAUCAAGGACAAGGUCGGCGCAUUGAAGGGCAGUGUCGGAGGAGGAAGAUCAUCUGGAGGAGCAUACGAGCCUAGUGGUGGUUACGGAAGAGGUGGUCACCGUGGCUUCGGCCCUCUGGAUCCUGACGAAGCUUGGGAUACGCGUGUUGGUAACGAGGCAGACUAUGGUGUCGGUCGCGACGGCUACUACGAAGAACAUGACUUGGGCUCGCCGGACAUGAACUCUGGACCUUACGGCGGACAUGGUUAUGGAGGUGGAAGCAUUGGUGUCGGAGGAAUUGAAGAAACAAGAGGACGUGCUGCCAGCCGUCAGCGUGAACUCGACUCACGAUACGACGAGGAGAUGCACGGCACCAAUCCAUUCGGCGACGACACGGCUGAACGCAGCAGCAUGAAGAACACUGGUGGACCUACUGUUGACACAACUGUCGGAGCCUCAAUUCACAAACCGCCGCACCACAAGAGUCAACAGAGUCUUGGUGCCCAUUCUGCCGAUUCUCCCUCAGAGCGUCGCAGCAUCUUCCGCGAAGACAUGUAA